UGCAGCGCCUCGACAGAAACUGAAGAGAAGAGGAGAAGAGGAGCAGAGGGGAGGAAGAGUGUGAAUGAUCUGAACUCCGAGGAGCUUCAUACCUGCUCACAGAGGAGCUGACAGCUGCACGCGAGCUCAGCUGCUCCUCACACACGGGAGAAGAGACCGAGGAGCCGCUGUGAAGUGGAGGAGAAGAAACUUCCAGCGUUUAAAGUCACUUCAGAGGAGAGAGAGAGAGAGUCAGGGGAGCGGAGUGAGACGGUGGCAGAUGUAAGAUGACAUCGAUGAAGGAGGAUUAAAUCUCGGGUUUGUCGGUGUAAAAAUGAAACUUGUGUCGCCACAGUGAAGAGUGUCUCCGGUGCGGAGGGGGAUGGCUUGAUUGGUGUGCCCGGCAGAGAGCGGCGGGACGGUGCUCAUGUUCCUGCGGCGCACGGAACAAAGUUUGCUGCGCUUCUCCCGGACACGGUUCGACUUUCUUUGACACGCCGCUGCUGUGACCGCUCCUCGCCCCCCUCGGCGGUGGGGUCCCCCCCGGCUCUGGUGUCGGGACCGCAGCUGUCCACGAUGUCCAAACCCGCGCUGAAGAAAACCCACUGGACCUCCAGGGUGACCGAGAGCUCCUUGUCCAAAGAUGCCCGCGGCGAGCUGAACGUGCCGCUGCGAGGCGGCGCGGAGAACGGGGAGUUCGCCCACAUCGGCCCGGUGAACCAGGACAUGGUGUUUUACAAAAGUGGGAAAUUAAACGAAGGGGAACUGCUGCUGGAGGUGGAGAACCUCUCCAUCUCGGGAUUACCCCUGUACGACGUGCAGACACUGAUUAACAACUGCAAAGGUCCCGUCAGGUUGAAAAGUGUGAGACAAGGAAACAAGCUUAACAAGGACCUGAAGCAUUAUCUGAGCCUGCGCUUCCAGAAGUCCUCGCCUGACCACGAACUGCAGCAGACCAUCCGAGACAACCUCUACCGUCACGCCGUGCCUUGUACAACCCGUGCCCCACGUGAAGGAGAAGUUAGUGGCGUGGACUACAACUUCCUCUCAGAGGAGGACUUCCUGGAAUUGGAAAAUAGUGGAACCCUGUUGGAGAUAGGAACGUAUGACGGUAACUAUUAUGGGACGCCCAAGCCGCCGGUGCAGCCCCCCGGUGGGAAAGUGAUUAGCAGUAGCGGUAGCAGUGGUGAUGCCCCACUGCCAGACGGGCUCAGCGGUAGCCUACCAGGCUCGCAGCACUCCACUCCCCGACGUUUCAAGUCCUACAAUGAUAUGCACAAUGCUGGAAUAGGGCCAGGACAGCAUCAGCAGGAGGACGACGAGGACCUCCCUGACAUGAACAGUAGCUUUACAGGAGACUCCAGUGAAUUAGACGAGAUUCAUCACUCGGUGCGCCCCUACGUCCCGCGCCAGAGUGAACCGUCCUACCCUGGGAGGACCCCCUCACCAUCGGCCACCACGGAGAGCACACAGCAGACACACUCUCACCUGAGCCAUCCUCCCCCGGAGGACCCACAGGGACCUCUGCCUGACAACUGGGAGAUGGCCUACACCGAGAAUGGGGAGGUCUACUUUAUAGACCACAAUACAAAAACCACCUCCUGGAUAGACCCUCGGUGCCUGGACAAGCCUCAGAAACCCCUGGAAGAAUGUGAAGAUGAUGAGGGGGUGCAUACAGAGGAGCUGGACAAUGACCUAGAACUUCCACCAGGAUGGGAGAAAAUCGACGAUCCAGUGUAUGGGGUCUACUAUGUUGAUCAUAUUAACAGGAAGACCCAGUAUGAGAAUCCAGUGCUGGAGGCUAAAAGGCGCAGGCAGCUGGAGCAGCAGCAGCCUCAGCCGCAAAGCCAGCAGCCACCUGAAGGUGAGCGCUACAUCCGAGAAUGGAUCGAGGACUCGACAUUAGCUGGUGCCCCUCUGGCCAGCUAUGCUGCCAACCACCAGGAGACCUACAGGGACCCUCAGACAGCACCCCCAGCCCCCAACGCCAUGGGACAAAAACGGGGGAAGCCUUUCUUUACUCGGAACCGAUCCGAACUGAACGGGACUUUCAUCAACACCAAGCUGAAAAAGAGUCGUCGGGGGUUCGGCUUCACUGUCGUAGGAGGUGACGAGCCGGACGAGUUCCUACAGAUAAAGAGCCUGGUCCUUGAUGGACCUGCAGCCCUGGAUGGCAAGAUGGAGACAGGUGAUGUAAUCGUGAGCGUCAACGAUACAUGUGUACUUGGCUACACCCAUGCCCAAGUUGUAAAGAUCUUCCAGUCCAUCCCUAUUGGCUCCAUGGUCAACUUGGAGCUGUGCCGUGGCUACCCACUCCCCUUUGAUCCCGAUGACCCCAACACCAGCCUGGUUACCUCAGUGGCUAUUCUUGAAAACAAAGAGCCCAUCAUCGUUAACGGCCAGGAGGGCCCCAAAAGCUACAACUCCCCAUCCAGCCACGGCAGUCAGAACAACAACAACAUCUUGAACAACGGCGGCGCACCCCUCAAUGGCCUCCCGCGAUCCCACAGCCCCUCCGCUGAGGGGGCCUCCGAUACCUCUUCCCAGCACGGCUACCCCAGCGACGUGGUCACCCUGGCCUCAUCCAUCGCCACACAACCAGAACUCAUCACCGUACACAUGGAGAAAGGAGACAAGGGCUUUGGCUUUACCAUCGCAGACAGUCCCGGAGGCGGAGGGCAGAGGGUGAAGCAGAUCGUGGACUACCCUCGCUGCCGUGGCCUCAAGGAGGGGGACAUCAUCGUGGAGGUGAACAAGAGAAACGUGCAGAGCAUGUCUCACAACCAGGUGGUCGACCUGCUCAGCAAGUGUCCCAAAGGCAAAGAGGUCACCAUGCUGGUGCAGAGAGGGGUGGCACCUGCAAAGAAGAGCCCCAAACUGGAUGAUUUUGAGCUGGCACCUCCGUACAGAGAUUACACUCGGAGGCCGUUAUCCCGGAAGGACAGUCAGAACAGCUCCCAGCAUAGCGUUUCCAGCCAUCGGAGCGCCCACACAGACUCGCCCGUGCACCUGUCCCUGGCUCCGCCUCUCAACGAGAACGCCGCUCCCCCGCCACCCUCUCAGCCCCUGCCAGGCCUGCCGCCCCAGGACAUCCCGGCAGACGGGACCAUCCAGAGAAAGCCGGACCCUUUUAAGAUUUGGGCCCAGUCCAGGAGCAUGUAUGAAAGUAGGCUUCCAGACUUCCAGGAGCAGGACAUUUUCCUGUGGAGGAAGGACACGGGGUUCGGCUUCAGGAUUCUCGGAGGCAAUGAGGCCGGAGAGCCGAUCUACAUUGGCCACAUAGUGAAGUUCGGCGCUGCAGACGAGGAUGGGCGCCUGCGGUCGGGCGAUGAGCUGAUAUGCGUGGACGGCACAGCGGUGGUGGGCAAGUCGCACCAACUGGUGGUGCAGCUGAUGCAGCAGGCAGCCAAGCAGGGCCACGUCAACCUCACUGUGCGGCGUAAAACCAACUACACCGCCAAAGCUGAGGGAGACGUCCCUCCGUCGCCAGCAUCCUCCCACCACAGCAGCACCCAGGCGCCCAGCCUGACGGAGGAGAUAGGCAAGCGCACCCCGCAGGGCAGCCAGAACUCCCUCAACACCGUCAGCUCCGGCAGCGGCUCCACCUCCGGCAUCGGCAGCGGGGGAGGGGGCGGAGGGGCCGGGGGCAGCGGCAACACCGUCGUCUCGGCCGUGGCCGCCACCACCUCCUCUCAGCCCCUCAAUGCCAACUCCACUGCCUCCUCCACCUUGCAGCCAUACGACGUGGAGAUCCACCGCGGCGAGAACGAAGGAUUCGGCUUCGUCAUCGUCUCGUCUGUGUCGCGGCCCGAAGCCGGCACCACAUUCGCUGGCAAUGCAUGUGUUGCCAUGCCCCACAAAAUAGGGCGCAUCAUCGAGGGGAGCCCGGCAGACCGCUGCGGGAAGCUGAAAGUCGGCGACCGCAUCCUGGCCGUGAACGGAUGCUCCAUCACCAACAAGUCGCAUUCUGAUAUUGUCAACCUCAUCAAGGAGGCCGGGAACACCGUCACGCUACGCAUCAUUCCUGGAGACGAGUCUUCAAAUGCAUCUUUGUUGACCAAUGCAGAGAAGAUUGCCACCAUAACCACCACUCACACACCUCAGCAACAGGCCGCGCCGGAGGCCAGGAACAACACCAAACCAAAACAAGAAUCAUUUGAAUUCAUACCCCCACAAGGACCUCCUCCCCAGCCCCCGACACAAGUCUCAUCUCAGGAUGCUGAGUUCUACUCAGUGGACCUGGAGCGAGACAACAAAGGCUUUGGCUUCAGUCUGCGCGGAGGCAGAGAAUACAACAUGGACCUGUACGUGCUGAGGCUAGCUGAGGACGGAGCGGCCGUACGGAACGGAAAGAUCAGGGUUGGUGAUGAGAUCUUGGAGAUCAACGGCGAGAGCACAAAGGGCAUGAAGCACGCACGAGCCAUCGAGCUCAUCAAGAGCGGAGGCCGGCGCGUCCAUCUGGUGCUCAAGAGGGGUGACGGCUCUGUGCCGGAAUAUGGUGGGUCAAUCUACGAAAACAUUCCCUUCUCCCCCAUCUUCACACCCUGAGCCAGGGGGGACGCCCAGUGGACAGUGGUGGGUCGAAGGGGAAAGCGGGGGAAGAACUUUUUGCCCUCCCAGGACCCUUCACUCAUCCCUGGGACAAACCCUCCAGGGAGUGUUAGUCUGGGUUUGGUUGGUCGUGGUUCUCUUUCUGGUGGAGGUCAAUCCUGGGCUUUGGGAUUUUGGGGGGGUGAAGGACGAGCAGGGGGUGGAGGGUGUUCCCGUGGGUGCCGUCGCCCUGCCCUGCUCUCACCUGCUCUCAGUUUCUGUGUCUUCCCGCUGUCACUUCCUCACCUUCUGGCCACUGAGCAUACGCACUCCGCUGGGACUUCACAGGAAGGUGGUGGGUCUGAUUUCAGUGCUUCAUGAAAAUAGAAACUGUUUACAGAGUUUGAAUGACAGAGUAUUGAAAAAAAUCUAUGUUUCUUGUGGGUAAGAAGUGAUAUCGGUGGGCUUUGAUUCCUCAUUAAACACUAGUUCAGCGUUCAGAGGAAGAGAAAGUUGCAUCCCCUGAUAAAAUGGGAUAUCUCGCAGCUUUGGUAAGGACAUAUUUAUAAUAUUUAUUGAAGGUGAAUGUAAGCUACUGAACUCGUUUAGGGUUUUAAGUGAGACCUGUAUUGAGAAGAACAAAAGGCUGUUUGAUGCUUUUUUUUUUUACCAUUUCAAAGACAAAACUCUCACGAUACUGUGCUUGACAUUACUCACUAAUCCAUGGAUUUUAUUUGCACCCACUGUUAAUGUCAUUGAAAAGCUGUAACGAUAGGAACUCCACCCAUCCCUGUUGAAAAAAGAAAAAGAGCCUCUCCAGUUAUAAAGACAUUUUGUACAGUGAUGAAAAGAAUAGAUGCAUUUUUACAAAUAUUUUUGUUCCGUGUACAGAGCCAUGAAUCCAAGCCACAUAUUAAUGGAUAAAAGUCUAUUGCUGCAUGAACUUGUCAAAAGUGUAAAUUGGAUUGUUUUCCCUUUUAAUGUCUAUUUUCCAUAAUAUUUAUGGAACGUUUCUUUUUUUUUCUUCUUCGUAUUGACCAGUCUUGAUUGAUAGUAACAAGUCAUCAUAUCUGGGUUUUUUUUUUACUUUGAGUGGAGAUACAUUUACUUGUCUUGAAAAGUUCAUCAGUGUUAUUUUCUUUGGGCUAAGAAUGUGACGUCUGUACCUGCACCAAUUCUAGGGCUGUCCCGAAUGCCACUGAAGAGCUUUGACGUUUCAGUAAUAUGAUAAUUAUUUUCGUCAAAUCCAUGAAAUAUUCCCUGGAAAAUCAGUGAAAAUAAAAAAAAAAAAGUCCUAACUCCCAAUGUUAAGGAAAGUGGAAAAAAAUAAGUUCUGACCACUGAUCGGAUCCGCAACAAAAUGUAAGGGUUUCUUUCCCGACCUGUACCGCAUCCUUCCACUAAGUUUCAUAGAAAUCGGUUUCAUCGAUUUUUGCGUAAUCAAACAAUCAAUCUAACCAACAACAUGUGAAAACAUUACCUCCCUGGCGGAAGUCAUUAUUGGCAAAUCUUUCAAGCUUCAGUUCAACUUUAGCGACGUCUAGGCUACUAGCUACUGUUUGUUUUCCCCAAAGUCGUAGGUUUGCCAGUUUCAUAUCCAACAUGCUUGACUUGCUUGUGCUCGAAACUUGUCACUGUCCAAGUAAGACUCACUGUUAAGAUAAAAAAUGUCCUUGUCUGAGAAUAACAAAUUAAAUUAGAAUUUUUGGGCUAGAUUAGCAGCAUUUGACUUUCAUUUGAUUACAAUGACCACCGCCGAAGCUUUGAGGAAUUCGGGACAGCCCUAUCUGAUACGACAUCAUGUAAAGUUGUAUAUUUUUGGGUCAUUGUUUGUACUUUUUAGUUGGAACUACCUUUUGACAGUUUUGCCAGUAAUUUUUUAUUUUUUAUUUUUGUCAGCAAUGUAAACUGCUUCAUAUACUGUUGUUGUGAAUGUGCAAGUCUCACUGUCUUUACUUUCUGUUUUGGGGUUUCUGCUGCUUCUGUGUUCACAUCUCUAGGUGUGUUUGUGCGGGUGUGGGUGUGCGUGCGUGUGUGUGUAUGUGCACAUGCAGGACUUUUCUCUGUAAAUGGUGUUUUCCACUGAAGGGUUUGGGGUGUUUCCUGGACUGUCUCUUUAUUCUCAGUGACUCAAUGAUCAAAUAAACACAUUUUUUUCCAUUGAAAAAAUCAA